GUAUCGUUAUAUGUGAUAGUGGCGGGCUCUGCUUGUACAUUCUGAGGUGUUUAUAACGUUCAGCUUUAUUCUCUUAACCUGUCUACAUUAUACAGGAGUAGGUUGCUAUCUGUGUGACGUGUGCCUUGUUGCGAUGCUUCCUUAUUGCUGAAGACGGAAGCUUGAUGUUGCCUUCUGCUCAAAGUUCUGUGGCAACGAUAACCUGACUUUACAUGAGCUGUGGCAUGAUAUAGUCCCGGGCAUGAACUCAGGCGCCUUUGUUUGUGUCAAAGCCUUUCCACUUUACGUUGGCAGCAACAUGUCGCACUGAUUGGAAGCUCCACUGGGACCAAGAUUUAUGGAAAUGAUCUAUAAUCAAUCUUUGCAAAGCGCUGUGGAAAAUGUGGGCACUAUUCUUAAUUAUUCCUGUUCAUUUCAUGGAGAUGCCUGCAUGUGAAAUACAAUACAGUCCGCAUCUGUGCCAGGGCAUUCUGCCAGUGAACGAAUUAAGAAUGAAUGUUCGACGAUGUGUGUCUAGUAGUACUUUGCUACAAAUCGGCGAUGAGCUUGAUUCAGCAGAGGUGGAGGCAAUACAUUUCUUAUGUCGCGAUAACAGCUCGAAAACAAACAUUCAAGACCUUUUAGAAGAUAUUAAUGAUGGAAGUUUGCCACUCCCUUUUGGCUUAGCUGAGGUUCUAUAUGUAAUAAAAAGAUUUGAUUUACUAAGAAAGUACCUACAUACACCAAAAGCAGUUGUCGAAAACCUGCUAAAGUCAUGUUCAACUAUAUCAUUUAGUUAUAGGAGUCUUCUGGUAGGAAUAAGCGAACAACUGGAAGAAUCAGAUUUGGAGUCCCUUAUAUUUUUAUUGAAGGAUCACAUGAGGAGUGGAGGAAAGCUGAAGAACAAGACAUUCCUAACUCUGGCAACAGAACUAGAGAAGAUGAACUUGAUUCAUCCAGGAAAGUUGGAUUUGUUGGAACAGUCUCUCCAAAAUAUACAUAGGAUUGAUCUAAAAAAUAAAAUAAUAAAAUUUAAACAAACAGCACUUCCUGAUCGCUACAACAAUGUAUUUGGGGUGCCCCCCUCUAAUCAGAGAGUGAUUAAUGUUCCUCCGAUACCAGGAGAGGCAAUAAAUUUCCAUAAAGAUUCAGUACCGGUUCAAGAAACUGGAGAAUUUGACCAGCAGAGAGAAGAAGAGCGCUAUGUGGUAAGGAAAGAAACAAUGGGGUUCUGCCUUAUUAUUGACUGUGUUGGAAAUGAUGCAAGUUUACUAGAGAACACAUUCAAAAGUCUGCAUUUCACAGUCAUGAUUCAUAGGUACUGCAUCAUAGAACAACUUGAAAGCAUUUUAAAAGAUGUGGCAAAUAUGGAGCAGCACAUAAACCAUGACAUAUUUGUGUGCAUCAUAAUCAGCCGCGGGAAUGACGAUUCAAUUUUUUGCACAGACUCCAGCUCGCCAGGAUUCUCACUUGACAGAAUUAAGUACUUUUUUACUGGAAAGUCAUGUCCGCGUUUGGUGGGAAAGCCUAAGCUGUUCUUUAUUCAAAACUAUAUUGCCCAGGGGGAUAAAGAUCUGGACAACAUGUUGGAAGCAGAUGGGCCUACAACAGUCUGUGCUAACAGGCCACCUAAUAUACCAGUUGAAGCAGACAUUUUUUGGAGCCAUUGUAAGGUUGAAGAAAUAUAUCUGCAGCAAUCUCCAAGCUUGCCCUCUUUGUAUUUUAGAUUCUUGUCACAGUUACUGAAUGAUGUGGAAAAACGGAAGCAAAAACAUUUGUUGGAUAUCCACACUGAACUUAACAGAAUUGUCAGAGAUAAGAAAGAAGAAUGUAUCAUAUACCAGCAACAUACACUCACAAAAAAGUUGUUUUUUUGUCCAUGUUAGGUUUCAACUAAAAAUUUGUACUUUUUUGUGUACAUGUCAUUUUUGCAUAUGAUUUUCACUGUCCUUGAUUUUACUGUCCCAUUAUAACUGGGAGUUGUUGGGGCAGAACUGGGGCAUGGUCUUAUUUGUGCCUUAUACUAUAAUUCUGUUGUUGGUAGGUAUGCAAACACCAAGCUAAUUUUUCCUACAAACCAUAAAUUCGAGAUUAAUCCAGGAAUAACUAAGCUGAUAUUUAAUUUACUACAUUUGAUUCUUAAGGAAUCUUUGUUAGUCCUAAAAUUAUGGGCACUGUGUAUAACAAUGAGUUGUGAAGGAGACUAUUUGAAUAUUUGUAUUUUUUGUUAUGAAUAUAUAUUUAUUUAAUCUAUUUAUUACCUAUUUAACAAGUUCAUGAAAAGGUGAUGCUCUUUCUUGUUAUUUACACAGCAGCCUCUGAUGAAGAAUUUAAAUACACUGAGACUGAUUGCUCAAGUGCAGUAUAAAUAAAAUAGUAAAACUUUGCCCCAUUGUGUUGGUUGCCCUAAGGCCUCAUUUGCAAAACUGAACACCACAUGCAAAUUAACACAAAAAAUACAGUCAACCAUAUUUUUGCAUUUUAUACACUGUGUUUGGCUGUGUCCAAAUAGCCCCCAGCCUUGUGUGUUAUCCAGAGAAGGAUCCAAGAGAGGCAGGGAGCGGGAUGUACGUAGGCACCCCCACACCACUCCAUAACAUGCACAUCAUUUGAAUGUGCAAGGUGGGCAGUCACAGGAGGCACAACCUGCAUUGAGGUCCCUGUCCUUACCAACUGGUGUAAGGCAGGCAGUAAUGACAGGGCUGAGCUGUGCCUCCUGAUGCUGCUGGAUUUCUGAUCCAGUCCUCCAUGCAGGAAGCAACAACCAUAAGGGUGCAAGUGUUCUGCAAGUGAGAACUAAGGGGCUUUUGCACUUGGGCCCCUGGGGUUUGUAAAUAACCCUUUUGUGCCUAGUCAUACUGAGAUUGUGGAGUUGAUGAGAUUUUGCAUUUACAUUUUAGGUAGGAUUGGAAACAACUGUAAAAUAAAUUAAAAAGGAAUACAUUAGAGAGGGUUAAUAUUGAUUGUUGGCGUCUGAAAUUGUAAUUCAUUGUGAGUAAUCUAUGUGUAAUGUGAGCACAUUAAACAACUAUUCUGCCUAUUUCAGUAGUUACUACUAUACUUUCAGAUAUUAAAGUGAUACUGACAUGAAAAAUUAUGUUGACCAUUUUUUGCUGAUUAGGUCUGCUCUAAGUCAUAAAAAGUAAUUGUUAACUGAAAUUCCUAAACUUGACUGGCCCCUUUCAAAUUGUCAGUUAUAGCUUUUAAUGCUAAUGGACUACUGAUGCACAAAUAUGGCAGCCCCCUCAUAGAGGAACAUGGGAGAUCUAAUAGGUAAUGUAAAAGCAUCAGGACAUACUUUGCAUUCUAUUUAUAAUUUUGCCAUAUAAAACAAUGUUAUUACAUAUUUUUUUAAAAAGUUUAAUUGUAGGUGUCAGUAUCUCUUUAAAUCAAUAGUCCAUGUCACUUUAUAUUUAUACUUUAAAAAUGUAUAUAUUUUUUUAUUAACACAUAUUUAUAAAACACAUAUUCUGCAGAAUUGUAUAUUAAAAUAAUCUGUAUUGUUGUUUGUAUAUAAUAUAUUUGGUUUAAUGUGUUUGUGAGUAUGUGGUACAUGAAGAAAUACACUAAUAGUAGUAUGAAUUUAAUGCUGGUGACUGUGGUGCUGAUAAAAUGCAUUGAUUGUUUUAGUUUAAUGCCUGGUAGUUGCAGCUAAAACGUAUAUUUAUUUAUUUCUAAAUGCAGUGUCUUGCUUAAGGUGAAGAAUUGUACCAUUUUAAGUGGAUAAUGCCUAACAAAUAAAGAUAUGGAUUCUAUAAAAAUCUAUGCUAGUAGGGCUCCAAAACAUUCUAAAUGUUUGACACCAAGCCAUUGUUUAAUUAUUUGCCCCUUUCUGCCUCUUUUACACUUUUAAUGGGGGUUAGUGACCCUGACAGCCAUAAAUCUAAUGCUCUGUGAGGCUUCAGUUUUAUUAUUAUUUCUAUUUCUUAUUAUUUACUUUUAUUCAGGCCAACUUCUUUAAAUAUUCCUGUGUUUUAUUGAAAGCAUUGCCUCGUUGCUUGGGUAAAAUUACAACCUAGCAACCAGAUAGCUGCUAAAUUCCAUUCUAUAGAGCAGCUGAACGAAAAGUGGAAAUUAAAAAAAAAAAAAAUGAAGACCAUUUGCAUGUUGUCUCAGAAUGUUGCUGUCUGCGUUACAGUAAUAGCUAUUGAAAGAUAAAUUAAAUUACUGUGGGAAUGGUUUUCCAAUCUACUUACCUAACCUUGAGUUGACAGGAUCUGUAUCAUGUAAGAGAAGGCAUAGCGAGCAGUGAGAUCUCUCAAUGUUUAUGUUUAAACAGAUGCUAAAGAACCUGCUCUGCAACAGCAUCCCCACACCAUUAAUCUGACCUGCUAUUGUAAGGACUGGGUACAAAUCCACGACAGCAGGCCCGGACUGGCAAUCUAUGGAUUUUAGUGGUUGCUGUAAGUCACUAUUCCUUGGGUCUGUGGGGGGCUUCAAAUGCCAGAACCUAUUUUAAAUCCCAGUCAAGACCUGCAAGACAAUGCAACUAGCACAGUCUUAAAAUGUUACGUGAUAUCUGUCCCAAGAGCAGUGUUUUCAUUGCUUCCCCACAUGUUUAUGCAGCAUCCAUUGAGAGCAGAGAGGAAGCAGGGACAUCCACAGAGCACACGGAGAUAUUCUUACCACCCUCUAGACUCAUGGUAAAUGAGACAUAUUUAAGUUGGUGAUUUUCAUCUGGAGAAUAUGGCAAGAGGAGUAUCCAGUCUGUAGUUUCUGUGCUGGCUUUGUGCAUGUUUGUACUGACAGGGUUUGCCGAGCAGCAGUGAGCAUUCUUUUGUAUUUCUCCCCUUAUGUCAAAAGUUAGUAAAUAAAUCACUUAUAUUUCUGAAAAAUCUUGUAUAACUUAUAAACUAUAUGGAUUGGAUAGGGAAUUCAGUGCUCCGUGCAGAGAGCAUCUUCAGGAGAAGCAGCUCAUGCCUGUCCUUACUGCCUGCCCAUAUUGACUCUAAUGCAUGGCACACUACACUCAUAUAGAAGUCUUCAAGUGAAUGACCUCUUUUAUUUUCCUAUAUAAUGUAUAUAACAAACCCUUACUAGAAAUUAUGGGAAUAUAUAUAUGAUGGUAUCAGCUGUAAACAUAUUUUGCUAUAUAAACAAAUAAAAAUGAAUACAUUAUGCUUCUAA